AUCCUAAUAUGUGAAAUUUUGGUGUGACUCAUUAUUAUUUUCCUUUGGUUUUACUUUUACAAGUCAAAGUUUUAACCCAGGCAUUGAACAUGAACAACACCUUAUGAAGAAGCUGGAGCAGAGAAGAUAAGAACGAACGAACACUGUAACAACCUUUCCCCAAUCCUCUCUCUCUCUCUCUCUCUCUCUCUGAACACUGUGAACUCGUGUGCGAACACAAAAAUGGCGGUGGGAAAGGAAGAUUCAGAGAUUCUCAAGGCUCGCAUCGACAAGCGAGAUUACAGAAGGAUCGUUCUUCCCAACUCCCUCCAAGUUCUCCUCAUCAGCGAUCCCGAUACCGAUAAGUGUGCUGCUUCCAUGAACGUUGGUGUUGGUUCCUUCAGUGAUCCUGCUGGUCUCGAAGGCCUCGCGCAUUUCCUAGAGCACAUGCUGUUUUAUGCCAGUGAGAAGUACCCAGUGGAAGAUAGCUACUCCAAGUACAUUACUGAGCACGGAGGAAGCACCAAUGCUUAUACAUCUUCUGAGCACACCAAUUAUUUCUUUGAUGUUAACACAGAUGGCUUUGAAGAGGCUCUGGAUAGAUUUGCUCAGUUCUUCACUAAACCAUUGAUGUCUGCUGAUGCCACCAUGAGGGAAAUUAAAGCUGUUGACUCUGAAAACCAGCAAAAUUUGUUAUCUGAUGCAUGGAGAAUGAACCAGCUUCAAAAGCAUCUCAGUGCUGAAGAUCAUCCAUAUCAUAAAUUUAGCACAGGUAACUGGGACACCUUGGAAAUUCGACCAAAAGCAAAAGGAUUAGACACAAGGAAUGAGCUAAUCAAAUUCUAUGACGAAAACUAUUCUGCCAAUCUAAUGCAUCUAGUUGUAUACUCAAAUGAAAGCCUCGAUAAAAUUCAAAACCUUGUCGAAGAAAAGUUCCAGGAUAUUAGAAACACUAACAGAGGUUCUUUUCGAAUUUCUGGUCAGCCAUGCAAUUCAGAGCAUUUGCAGAUUCUCGUCAAGACUGUCCCAAUAAAACAAGGUCAUAAAUUGAGAAUUGCUUGGCCAGUAACCCCUGAAAUUCGUUAUUACGCUGAAGGGCCAUGCAAGUAUCUUGGUCAUCUUAUUGGCCAUGAAGGAGAGGGGUCUUUAUAUUACAUUUUGAAAAAAUUGGGAUGGGCUACGGGCUUGUCUGCAGGUGAAUCAGAUUGGAGUUUGGAAUUUGCUUUUUUUAAAGUUGGGAUUGAUCUUACUGAUGCUGGUCAUGAUCACAUGCAAGAUAUCAUUGGGUUGUUGUUCAAAUACAUAGAGCUUCUACAACAGUCUGGUGUUUGCAAAUGGAUAUUUGAAGAGCUUUCAGCGGUUUGUGAGACUAAGUUUCACUAUCAGGACAAAAUUCCUCCUAGUGAUUAUGUCGUCAAUGUUGCAUCAAAUAUGCAGUUUUAUCCUGCAAAAGAUUGGUUGACAGGAUCAUCCUUGCCUUCUAAGUUCUGCCCAAGUGUCAUCCAAUUGAUACUAGAUCAGCUUUCUUCAAACAAUGUUCGAAUCUUUUGGGAGUCAAAAAAUUUUGAAGGGCAUACUGAUAAGGUGGAGCCUUGGUAUGGAACUGUAUAUUCCAUUGAAAAGAUUACUGCCUCUUCUAUUGAGGGAUGGGUGCUUUCCGCUCCUGAUGAAAAUAUGCAUCUUCCAGCUCCUAACAAAUUCAUUCCGACUGACUUGUCACUUAAAUUUGCACAAGAGAAAGUAAAAAUUCCUGUUUUGUUAAGCAGGUCAACUUAUUCAACAUUAUGGUACAAGCCAGAUACAUUGUUUUCCACUCCCAAGGCUUAUGUAAAGAUUGAUUUUAAUUGUCCAUAUGCUGGGAGCUCUCCUGAGGCUGAAGUUCUCACACACAUUUUCACACAGUUAUUGAUGGAUUACUUGAAUGAAUAUGCUUAUUAUGCUCAGGUUGCUGGUUUAUAUUAUAGCAUAAAUCAAACGGAUGGUGGUUUCCAGGUGACUCUCUUUGGUUAUAAUCACAAAUUAAGGAUCCUACUUGAAACUAUACUUGAAAAGAUUUCAACAUUCAGCGUGAAAGCUGACAGGUUCUCUGUUAUCAAGGAAAUGGUAACCAAGGAAUACCAGAAUUUCAAGUACCGACAACCCUAUCAGCAGGCCAUGUACUAUUUCUCUUUGAUACUACAAGAUCAGACCUGGCCUUUGACAGAACAGCUGGAAGUGCUGCCUAUUCUUCAAGUUGAUGAUCUUACUAAAUUUGUGACAGGGCUGCUCUCUAGAACCUUUAUAGAGUGUUAUAUAGCAGGAAACAUUGAAAGUCAUGAAGCAGAGUCAAUGGUUAGGCACAUAGAAGAUGUUCUCUUUAAGUGUUCAAAACCUCUAUGCCGACCUUUAUUACCUUCCCAACAUUUGACAAAUCGGGUUGUUAAGCUUGAAAGUGGCAUAAAUUAUUUUUACCCUUCAGAAUGUCUUAAUCCUGAUGAAGAAAAUUCUGCUCUUGUACACUAUAUACAGGUUGGUCCAGAUGAUUUUAAGCUGAAUGUCAAACUUCAGCUUUUUGCCCUUGUUGCUAAGCAACCAACCUUUCAUCAGCUUCGAUCAGUUGAGCAGCUGGGGUACAUUACUGUGCUCAUGCAGAGGAAUGAUUGUGGUAUACGUGGACUUCAGUUUAUUAUCCAAUCUACAGUGAAGGCUCCUGGAAACAUUGAGCAGAGAGUCGAGGCAUUUCUCAAGGUGUUUGAAACCAAGCUUUAUGAGAUGACAAAUGAUGAAUUCAAGAGUAAUGUAAAUGCUUUGAUAGACAUGAAAUUAGAGAAACAUAAGAACUUGAGGGAAGAAUCAGCAUUCUUCUGGCGGGAGAUUAAUGAUGGGACUUUGAGGUUUGAUAGGAGAGACUUUGAGGUUGAAGCGUUAAGGCAGCUCACUCUUCAAGAAUUGAUAGACUUCUUCAAUGAAUAUGUGAAAGUUGGUGCACCUCGAAAGAAGACUUUAAGUAUCCGAGUUCAUGGGAGUCUCCAUUCUUCUGAAUACAAAGCUGAAGCUUCGGAACCACACUUGGCUAAAAUAGAUAAUAUUUUCUCUUUUAGAAAAUCACAGUCUCUUUAUGGUUCAUUUAAAGGACUCUCUGGGCAGAUGAAAUUGUAGCCAGCUGGUCCUCCUAGUUCAUAAAUUUCUUCACCUUAAAGAACAUUCAAAGCACACAUGUAAUAUUGAGCAGCUUGAGCUAAGUGUUGCCCUUUUCAGUUUACUGACAUAAGUGCUGUUUAUUUGGAUUUGAAUGGUCAUAAGGGUAAAUACUUGCAUGAGCGUAGAACACUAGUCCUAUUUCUGGUUGAUAAUGCAGCUUAAUCAGAUCAUUUUUAAUACAAUUAUAUGUUUAAAGACA